AAUUUCAUCUGGAUUCCUAUGCAGCGACCACUUAUCGGAUGCUAGUGCCGUUUCCGGUACUGCCGUGUUGCAUGUGCAGUUGUUUUGUGUUGUUAAAUCGUCGAUAGUGUUAGCCGUGCGCUAUGUUUGGCUUCAAGAAACCAGCGCCACCGAAGCGCGAACGAAAGCGCGAUCCUUCAGAGUUAGGAUUAUUUGGUUUAUCGGACGACGUGAGUGGGCUCGGAACGGAUGCAAACGACGGAAGUGAUGACGAUGACGACGCCCUGGAGGCCGAACUGGCUGCCAUUACCGCGAGCAUCGGUGGAGCUCGAAAGCCAAAGCCGGCACUGAAAGCAAAAGGAAUUGUGGCCCCACAAGAGCUUGACGCUAUGGUGGCUGCGAGUUUGCGUGAUAUUGGCAGCGAUGACGAGGGCUCCGAUGAUGGGGACGAUGAUUCUGAGCUACUCAACGAGCUAUCCACCAUCACUGGCGGUGUGUCGCUUGAUGUCGACGACGAGGAUUCCGCCUCCGGCGAAGCACCCGCGGGCAAAAGUGGAAUCGGUGAGCUGGUGUCGCUUAUUAAAUCGCGUAUCAGCAUGUACACUCAGGCGGAGGAAGGGGCCAAGAAAGCGGGUGAUUCCGGCAAGGCACGGCGGUUCAAUCGAGGAUUGAAGACGCUCAAGGAUCAGCUUCGAUUGGCCGAAGCGGGCAAACAUGUGGCCGAAAGUGACAUUCCGCCAGAGGUUAGCGUACCGAAAGCGAGCUCCGGCCCCGUCCGUCCUGCACCACCGCCUCCUGUUGCGCCUGCGAUAGCACAACCGGAACCGAUGGACACAGCUGAAGCCGGCCCUUCAGACUCUCCCCCUCCGGUGCCCGUCCGGCGCCAAGCGAAACCGCCGCCGAUACCUGCACCGAUACUGGAAACUUCUUCCACUCCGGAGAACCCCAAGUUGCUUCUUCUCAAUGAACGGAAACUGCAAUACAAACAAGCGGCACUGACGGCCAAAAAAACAGGCGAUAAUGUUAAGGCACUGGCGUACGUGAAGGUGCUGAAACAGUUCGACGUGGUAAUUCAAGCACUGGCGAACGGCGAAGAAGUGGAUCUAAGCCGAAUGCCACCGCCACCGGAAGCAGUGGAAACAUCGAUAGCCGCAACAAGCCCACCAACGGUGCCUUCCGGAAGCACGGCGAAACAGGAAGAAAAAUUGCAGCAAGAAGCAGAAGUGCCUUCUCCAUCAGUUCCUGUAGCGACCGUCGAACAGCCGGCGGAACAGGAAGAAGCCGACGACGAUAGCGAGGAAAACCUUAUCCAGGCCAACAGCGUGCUGGAAGCACUCGAGCAGCGGUUGGAGAAGUAUAAGUCCGUCGAGCAGGCCGCAAAAGAUGAGGGCAACAGUUCGAAAGCGCGUCGGAUGGGACGUAUUGUGAAGCAGUACCAAGAUGCGCUAAAGCUACACAAGGCCGGCAAACCGAUUCCGAUCGAUGAGCUACCGACGCCACCGGGAUACGGGCCCAUUCCGGUGGAUGGUCCUCCGAAACCACCGGUGGCGGCGGCCCAGAGGGUAGCUCCAGCACCUCCUCCAAAACCGCGGGUACUACCGGUUGCGGCACCGGCGGAAUCGUCCCCCGGAACGAGCAAAGCAUCUCCGAAACCGGCCACUACCCUGUACGAUAAACAGUUAACGGUGCUGUUCGAGCGGCAACAGGAGUACCGUCAGGCGGCGGUGGACGCAAAAAAAGCGGGAGAGUUGGACGAGGCGAAGGAAUUUUUGCGCGUCUUCAAGGGACUGGAAAAGAUGGCGGAAAUAGCCCGGGCCGGUGGGCGGGUUGAUCUGAGCACGAUUCCGAUUUCACCCGGCAAACGAAACGCGCUCGAGGCAUCGUUUACCAUCGUCAACACGGAGGACUGCGAUCAGCCGGAGACACCCGAGCAAGACGUGGACGGUGAGACACGGAUCCGGCUCGAGGAGCAGCUGUCGAAGCAGCUGAUCUUGUGUCGCAAUACACGGGACCACCAUCGGGCCAUCGGGGACAUUGCGGGGAUGAACAAGUUCGAAAAUCUCGCCCUCAACGUGCAGAAGGAUCUGGACCUCGUACGGUUGGGGCACCGGCGGGGUCUGCCGUUACCCAAGUUUCACUACGAAAAGCUGCAGUUUAACGUGGUGAAGUGUAACACGGAUCUGUCCGACAAUGAGAUUGAGAUCAGUGUGGUGCGUGGCAUCAAUUACAAUGUGCCCAACCCGAAGGAAGUAGAUACUUAUGUCAAAUUUGAGUUCCCGUAUCCGCAGGAGGACCCCCUGAAGGGUAGAACGAACCUGGUGAGGGACACCCACAGCCCGGAGUAUAACUAUACGCAGACGAUCGAGAUACAGCGCAGUCAGCGGAACUGCCAGCGAAUAUUUAAACGCCAUGCACUGAAGUGUGAAGUCUAUUCUAAAGGUGGCUUCCUCCGCGCGGACGUGCUGAUUGGUACGGUGACGAUCAAGCUGCAGCCGUUGGAGACACAGAUCGAAAUUCACGAUUCAUUUCCGCUCAUGGACGGACGACGCACCGUCGGUGGGAAGCUGGAGGUCAAAGUGCGUGUCCGUAAUCCCAUCCUUACCAAGCAAAUCGAGCAGAUUAACGAACGGUGGGUGGUGUUCGAUUCGUAGACACUCAUUUCCGCUCACCGUUCUCGCCCACUUCCGCCCUGGGGACGUUGGGGAAGGCAAUGACGACGACGGCGGCGGCGGCGGCAUAGUGAAGUGCGUUCGUUACGGAAAAUGCAAGCUCACGAACGCGAACGGCAAUCGUGGCUGAAUAAAUUAAAUAACACACACACACACACGGGCCUCCGUCCCCGGUGGUCGCGUGGCGUGUGAGGCGCCGUGUUUGGGCUGAACGACUCGAUGUUAGAAUGUGAUAUUUCCAAAACCGUUUCCCUGUGUCGCGUCCGAUCGAGCGCCUUAACGGGGCACGUCACGGUGCGGUGCCCGGAAGUGCUUCUAUCGGAAGCGAAGGUCGCAUGUAUAGGAACAAUGGCGACACAAUCAUGAAGGAUCAGGUAAUUGCAGUAAUGCGUUAGGCGCUUUUGAGUUGGUGUAUUUUUUUGCUCUUUCUUAACAUAUCGCCGCAAAAUUCAAACACGUAGUCGGGAACCACAAUGUUCUGAAAAUGCUAAAGACAGUGAAUGCAACACACGCUUAAUGUUGAUCUAGUUUCGUAGACUGUACGUCCUAAAAAAAGGCUUCAAGGAAGGAAUCGUCAAUAUCAAGUCAAA